CCAAUAAAUGGACACUGUAUUCCAAAAGAAAUGUCCUCAAAUAAACACUGACAUUAUAAAACAUUACAACAUAUAUCCUUAUUUUUAUUUCCAUUAAAAUCGUGAAUUGUUCACGUAUUUUUCAUUAACGACUGAAAAUAUUCAGUCAAACAAUAAACAGUUUUAAAAAGUGAAACAAGUUUUGUUUAAUAAUGUUCACCGACCGGUCUCUCGAUACCGUCAGUUUCGAUUCGCAAUUAUCACCUGCAAAAUCGGAAUUGUCGGCGAAUAUACAAACAACGGAGAUUAUUUAUAAUCAAAACACCGUGCAAACGGUUGAGACAAGAAGCAUCGAGAUUCAAACCGUACCAGAGGAAAAGAAGAAGUCAGAAGUAGACUAUCAAAGAUUGGCUCAAUUUUUAGACAAAGUUACACCAAGUAUAUUGAAAGCUUUAGAUGAAUCAUACGGGACCAAUGCAUUUGAAGAUUAUGAGCCAAAAACCAGCGACGAUUCGCUUGCAACCACUCAGCUUCUACAAAAGAUUAAUACUGCAAAUGAAACAGAUUUGCAGAUGAAAGUGAGCGAUAUGUGUUGGAGUAAUGCAGGUGGAACAUUAGCUGUAUCUCAUGGUAACCCAUAUCAUGAAACAUGGUGCGAUCAUCUAUCUAAAAUACAGUUGUACAGCCAAACAAAGGAUGGUGAUUUCACAGAUACACCGACUAAAACAUUAGAAACAAAUUCUUGCGUCACCUCUUUAGCUUAUCAUCCGGUCGAUCCAUCCAUUAUAGCAGCCGGCUUGUUUAACGGUGAUGUUCUUGUUUGGAACUUAAGGGACGAUGUAUCGGCGGCAUCAAUGGUUGUCUGGACGCACGGGGAUAGCGUGUCUCAAGUGUGUUGGAAAGCAAGAACUCCAAACGAUGUAUCCGUACUAGUAACCUCUGGCAAAGAUGGAUAUAUUUUCAUUUGUAAAAUAGUGGCUAACAUUAGUCUUGCUCGUUCAUACAAACGAUACAAAGUAGCCAAAGAGUACAAUCCAAUAGAGAGUUCAAGGCCACGUAGUGCGGGUGGAACUCGUGAACGCGCGGUCGAAUCUGGUUUGUGCAUCACCAGCUUCGACUUUUCGUACAAAAAUCCUGCAUUGUUUGUUGUGGGUACCUUGUGCGGUGGAUUAUAUAAGUGCAGUUUAAAUCGCGUCGCUCCUAUCGAAGGAGAUGAAGCUCUUAUGGAUCCUGUAAUAGACGAAUACGACAGACACGAAGGUAGCAUCACUUGCAUUAAAUUCUCUCCUAUUCGUAAUCUUUUUGUCAGCGCUGGCACGGAUAAGGAGAUGCGUAUAUACGAUUUUGACGAGCAUGUGUGUCUACGAUCGAUUUCCUUUGAAAAUACGAUUGUAGGAUUUACGUGGAUGAUUGGAAAUAAAGAUGUAUUGGCAACUUAUGGCGCCGGUUCGAACGUAAGACUGUACAAUGUCACGGAUGGUAGACCAGUAACAAAUGUGAAAUUUGAGACUUCCGACAGGGAAAACACCAGCUGUUUAUGCGUCAAUUCUAAACAAGACUUGCUGGCUAUAGGCGACACCCAAGCAAAUAUAGAAAUCUGGAAAAUUCCACGACGAUUGUUCUAACGAUAUUACUUAACGUUUAUUUAAUUCACAAAUUGUACUACUAAUAAACUUUGCUUUUCCUACGAC